AUGCACGAUGUCCAGCCCAAAGUGAAAGAGCAGAUUAUGUGUAUUGUGAAAGAUCUGGAACUGGUUCUAGGGGAACUGAAGACUGUUUCCACUGAGAUGAAAGAGGUGGUGGGACAAAUAGACCAACUGACCUCAAACCUGAACCUGUGCGAGGAUAUAAAUGAAAGUUACAAAAGUGAUACCCUAGACAGCAGUUCCAGCGGAGUGACAGUAUCGACUCUAGAGAAGUCCAAAGACAAGGCCAAACUGGUUAUUAAACCUAUACCAACAUCAAGCGCUGUCCUAACAGUGCUUCGCAAAUCCAAACCUCCACCCCCACCCCCACGGAGGACACCAGUCAGGGUGGCAAGCCCGGCAAAGUCAACUUGUACAAAUAACAAUCUCAAAACUAAUGGCACCAACAUGCACAAUGGAACACAUUCAACUACUGACGGUCUGGAGAGAAACUGUGACGGAUGCAGUGCACGGUCUGACACUUCAACACGGGUGCCACAAAGUCAACUGGAAGCUGAUGAUAAAACCAAAUCAUUAUCAAACACUUUUAUCAGCCAGCAAUCCUCAAAGUGCGUCCGUUAUCCCAGCUCCACAACCAAACUUGAGGUUCCCAUACAGAGGAAAGCUUGCACUGUUAAUUUAUGUGGUUGCAGUGCCAGAUCACAACACAAUACUUGUCUACACCAAAGAGCGCCAUCAAUCUGUAACAGCAGCUCUUCCACAACAAACGUAGCCACAGCAUCACAUUCAAAGCAUCAAUCCGCAGUCCGGAAGCCUACCUCUACAACAGUCUGAAAUAUACGUUUGCAAACAAAUCAAUCAUCAGUCAAAUGGAAUUACAUUAACUGACAUCUCAGAGCAUUCCAUACAGUAAGGCAGAUAACUCAAGCAGGUAAGUGACUCAAAAUGAUC